UUGAAAGUCCAAACCGGAAAAGGAUUGUUUUUUUGUUAGCUAGCUUGAUGGCCGUGAGGAAAGUGAGAGGCAGUGGGGAAGUGCAUCUGGUGGUACCUCAUCCUCCCUUCUCCCAGGACUCCAACCGGUGGUAAUCCAGCUAAUAUCAGCUGGAUAAGAUAAAGGAGCAGCAGUCAGGCUGUAGUCCGCCAGAAGGCCGGUUCGGCGCGGUCACAUAUUAGUUCCUCUUUUCAGAAUCCUCCAGAAACUUCGGGUGUUUUUAUCGGAAGAAAAGCUAAUAAAAAUGAACGCGACUGAGCAUUCCCCGCCGGCUGAGUACGACUUCGAGCGGCGUUUCGACGAAAGACGAGCCCUGGAAUGGAUGCAGGAAAACUGGAGCAAGGCGUUCAUGUUCUGUGGCCUGUAUGCUGCGCUCGUAUUCGGCGGUCAGCACUUCAUGAGGGAAAGGCCGAAGCUGAACCUGCGACGCCCGUUAGUGCUGUGGUCACUCAGCCUGUCCAUCUUCAGUAUCAUUGGAGCCCUGCGGACUGGAUUGUACAUGCUGCACAUCCUCACAACCAACGGCUUCAGACAGUCAGUGUGUGACAUCAGUUUCUACAGCGCCCCCGUCAGCAAGUUCUGGGCCUACGCCUUUGUUCUUAGCAAGGCCCCCGAGCUGGGUGACACAGUGUUCAUCAUCCUCCGGAAGCAGCGCCUCAUCUUCCUGCACUGGUACCACCACAUCACCGUGUUGCUCUACUCCUGGUACUCCUACAAGGACCAGGUGGCGGGCGGCGGCUGGUUCAUGACCAUGAACUAUGUGGUUCAUGCUCUCAUGUACACGUACUACGCUGUCCGGGCAGCUGGCCUGCGGGUGCCCCGUCCUUGCGCUAUGAUCAUCACAGCCACACAGAUCCUGCAGAUGGUGAUGGGCCUGGCGGUGCUGGGCCUGGUGUACAGCUGGAUGCACGAGGUGCGCUGUCCGUCCUACAUGGACAACAUCGCCUGGGGGGCUCUCAUGUACCUCAGCUACUUGGUCCUUUUUGCCUUCUUCUUCUACAACACCUACCUCAGAGGCUCCUCCGGGGACAAAGGAUCCAAGGCAGAGUAGCAUGUCAGUGCUGUGCUAUUGAAGUGUGCCAUAUGUAGAAAUGACCAACAGUGAGGGGCCAUGAAUGUGUGAGUCACAACUAGUUAACUGGUUGCUCGGUCCUCCUCUUUUUAUGACAUUUUCACUUGACUUUUUAUAGGCAUCUGUAGCUCGAGACAGUGUUACGUCCAUGGAUUUAGAGCGGUAGUAAAGAGACCAGUUCAGACUGAGCACAUUGUAGUUGGGAGUACAGUAUGGAAAUUGAUUUAAAAAGGGGAUGAAGGAAUAACAUGUUUGUGUUUGACUAACAUAGUUUUCAAUUCAUUUAUAUUGCAAUUUAUUAUUGCCUCGGUGACUUAGACUCUGGACCAGUAUAAAAAACAAACAUAUGAGGGCCAAAUAUUUGUAUGUUGUAAUGAAAAAGUGAUCAUUCUUAAUGUAUUCGUAAAAGCUCUGAAGUUGGAAAAAAAAGGUACUUUUAAAUUGUUAAAGGAAUAGUUCCACAUGUUGGGAAAUAGUUAUUUGCUUUCUUUCUGAUAGUGAGAUGAGAAGAUUGAUGUCAGUGCUUUAAGUAUUUCUAUUUCUGUUUUACGCAUGAGACAAACAUGAUGCAACGUAUUAAUUAGGAACCUGUGUGGUGCUUGUAGCUGGAAUAGUUUUUCCCUCCGGACAGAGCCACGCUAGCGAUUUCGCACUGCUUCUAGUCUUUAUGCUAACCUAACCUAACCUAACCGUGUGCUGACUCCAGAGCUAUAUUUAACGCUCAGACAGAAAGCAAAUAAGUGUAAUUACCCAAAAUGUUGAACUAUUCCUUUAAAAUAGUGUCUUUUUUAGCCCUAGCACAACUAUGACCUACAGGAUAGUGAGUUUAGGAUUACCAAAAGGGAAUGAAGACUUCACAAUGCACUGAAGGAAAGAAGGGUGUUUUUCUCAUAUUAAGUUUUAGCUCUCACACACACACACACACACACACACACACACACGCACGCGCGCGCGCAUUACACACAGCAUUUUAACCCUUGUGCCUCACUAGGGAUGUUUUGGGCAUUUUGGUUGUGUUAAUGCAUAUGACAUAUAUUUUGGAAAGGGAGUGUUUUUUAAAAUUAGUUUUCUUUUUUUUUGGGGAAGUUCAAGCUCAGCUCCUAUAAUAAAGUGCAUUGCCAAAAUACAUUCAGACCCUUAAGGACAAAAUGUCCCCAUUAAAACCACAAUUUCUGAUCCCACGGCCAGUGCAGCAUAACACCAUGCAUUGUAUUAUAUCAGGCUUUACAUCUAGAGCCCUGGCUGCAAAAUUAUAUGUUUACUAUUUUCCACCAGAUUGAGCCAUUUUCUCAUAUUUUGCCUUAUGUGGCAAAAGCAUGCUAUUUUCCUGGUUUCCACUGGUGCAUUGCUGCUGUAUUGUGUGUUCGAUGUAAUGAAUCACAAUCAACGUUGUUGCUAAUCACUGGCAUAUCCCACACUGUGAAAAAAAUCCCCCUAGCAUUUAGUUUACAGAAAAUAAUUACAUUUUUGUGUAACAGUAACCGUGGCAUUAUGUUAACAAACGGGCAUUAAAAGGGUUAACAUUCUGGUAGUGGUAGAUGUUCAGGACUAACGGUUGGUUAAAAAAUGUAACUCAGUGAAAGUGGAAAUUGAUAUUAAUAUAUAAUUUUAUGGCAAUUCUUUGACACAGAUAUUUUUGUCCUCUAAGGACAUCAGAGCAACUGUUUUAAAGGGAUGCACAAUGGUUCACUAUGUAAGUGUGAAGCUGUUAGUCGGAAACAUUGUGUUCUGUUUCACAUGCCACCCCUCCCGCAGUACUGCUCCUAAACCACAGACCAUGUGUCAUCUGAGAGAUGCUAACACAUUAAUAUUAUUAUAAGGAACACAGACGAUCAAUUGAACACAGAUACUCCAUGUGUGCUCUCACCACACAAGCACUUUGUUAGGCAAUAAGAUCUGAACACAUUCCUCAGCUGACAGCCGUCCCAGAGCAAAUAACUUCCAGGAAGUGAGUUGUGUAAUAAUAUGUUGUUUAAAGCUGAAGUCCUCCUGUCCCCCGUCCCUCCUGUUCUUUUGUAAUAAUCCUGUUUACACACUGCACAUUUUGCCUUCUUCAUCUCACCUGAGAACUUACACUGGACAAAGCCCAGUCUGCAUCUCCCUUUCAUGCUAGAGGAGAGUUUUACUUGGUGGGGUCAAUAUGGGGUCAGCCAGAUAAACCAGCAGCCAAGGUGUAGAACACUCUGUGUAUACACAACAGCACUCAUACUGUAUGUAUUGCACUGUUCAUUUCAGGUUUGUGUAAGCGUGGAUCUGUUUUUAUGAAAAUCAGUUGUUGAGAAACUGUGAGCACGUGCACACAAGCCUGAAUUCCACUCCCACAGUCAGCCAUAAAUAGACAAAGAACCAAACCCGAAUCACUUAUCUGCAUCUACUGUAAUACUUCUGUUUGCUUUACAAGACUUUAAAAAAAGAGCCGCAGAGAUUCUCCAACUUCCUUAUGCAGGACUUCUUAUCUUAUUAUCACCCGUAAACUGUCACCUGCAGCAAUUAAACACACACAAGUAAAUAGGGUUUUUUGAUUAUUUAGCUUUACACAUGAAUUGAUUCUAUUCCCAAUCUAUGAUGCUCAUUGCAGCGGUAGUUAUUCAGCUUUUUCUCAAGAAAAGAAUUAUGCAAAGUUUUGAAACUACAAGAAAGAGAUAUUUCGAGGCCACAACGAGCUGAAAGUAUCCAGCAUUUCACCUGGAGAAAGUCCGAAAAAACAAUUAUAAUUAAGCCUUUUAACGCUCAAAUUUAUCUCGGAACCUUUGUGGUUUCUAACCCCCAGUUUGGAAACCACUGGUUCUAAGAUUAAUGCGCCAGAUGCAAACAUUCUUCUGAAAAUAUGAGUUAAUGUGUAGUAACUGGUGUUUUCAUGCUACUUUAAUGUCAUCAUGCUCAUCCUUUUGCUACACAGUGUUUGUCCGGUUGGUGUUGCCCUCCGUAGUUUCCUUGUGUGCUGUAAUCCAGAUUAUUAGACUACACCCGACCCAAGAUCCGCAUGGGGUGCAGCACGUGAUUUGAUCUAUUUAGUUAAAAAUGUGGUCUGUAAAGCAAAGUGAUGCUUCUGCAUUACCACGCUUCACAUGUGGUUGAUGGUUAAACGGGAAACAUCAGGGCUUCUGUGGCCCUUUGUGCUACACUCAAUGAGCUGCAAAGAAGGGCGAUACAGAAGAUGACGUGUCCAUUGUAAAUAAUUAGAAUAUUUAUUUUCUUAUUGUAUAACAUUUUCCAGCUGAUCUGAAGUGCACCUGGUAGAUGUUAGAGUAUUUUUUAUCAGGAUGCCGCUCCGUUUCCAUCCAAAUGUCAUGUUUGUGCAUUUUCCUCAUUCACUUAUUUCAUUUACAUCGGCUGACAUCAUGACACCAUUUCUGCCUCUUAAUGUUAAACAGAAAGAGGUUUUGUAACGGUAGACUCUUGAAGCCAUUAAUACUUCACGUUGAAAUGUUUAAUUUGUGAUAUGUGUAGUGUAAUUUCAGGCCGUCCUUUUUUCUCUAUGUCCUGUGUUUUAUGCCCUUUUUAGCCAAAACCUGUCUGUGUCGUAGCAGCUUACAAAUGUACGUGGAGGGGGAUUUUGGCUCUGACAUAUGAAGUAAAGAUGUUUGUUCUGCCAUCAUGUUUAACCACUAAUACUGUAUUUUUGUUAUGGAGGAGCUGAUGUUUACAUGAUGCAAGAGGCGCUUUACAAAAGGGACAUGAGUUUGAGAAGACGGUGUUUUUUGAGUUUUCCAGCUCUAACCUCAAAUGUCCCCACAGAACCAUUUGUGACCGUCGCACUUCGGACAUUACUCUGUGAUACGGUCAAGUAGCGCCAGACCGCCAUCAUUUAUUAAUUAGCAGCGUGUUGGAUCUUCAGAGGUGGUUUCACAAAUGUCCUCUGUCUGCCCGGUCAAAUUAAAUGUUUGCCAGAUUUUAAAUUAAGGCUGCACGAUGUAUCGUUUCAGCAUCGGCAUUGCGAUGUUCGCAUGCGCAACAGUCAAAAACACAAAAAACAUUUUCCGUGACUAAUCUACGAGAGAAGUCUGUCUGAUAGAACACAAUUCACUGAUUUAAGGCUUCUUCUUGGAUACACCGAGUUUGUUGCUAGUGAGUGACAUGCAGGAUCUGCGUACACGGUCAAACACCAAUCACUCUUCAGCGGUUUUUAGGCCCCGCUAGUCGAUGACCACAGCCUGAAAAUAAACAAGACAGGUGAAAAACUACGAAAAGGAUAUCGCAUUGUCAGGUUUUUUUCAAUUUCGUGCAGACUUAUUAUUCCGGGCAGAAAGUGCAGCCCCUGAACUCACAAGCACAUCUUUUAACGAUGCAACUUGCAGCUGGAUAAAGAAUAACGUUUUGACAGUCACAGUAAUGUCUGGAGGGCUGAGGCCACAAAUGGAGCUCUGAAUGAUCUGUUGCCGGUGUAGCCUGAAGUCCUCUAGUGUUUCAGUACUGCUCACUACUGCUUAACCUGUAUUUGAACUGAAUCAGCAGUGAGGUAAUGUUCAGAAGGCACCAGGCGAAGACUGUUUGUAACGUCAGUAAUGAUUCCUGGUCAGAACUUGUUGUAACCCCAUUUAAACUUGAAAUGAUUAUGGGUCAUUUGAGUGCCAAACAAUGCUUCUGUUAAUUCUUUCUAUCAUGGAUCAAUGUGAGCGUGUUGGUCUGUGCAUUACAGUACAGUGUGUAAGAUUUCACUCUGGUGGAUUCUACUGUCAACUGCAAACGAAUGAGAAAAAAAAGCAGUUAAAGGGCUUUUGAUGUUGAAAUGUUGUUACAAUAAAUAAAUUACAAUAA